AGUGAGGCACGGGGACUGCUACAUACUGUUGGUGUACUGAGUGCUAAUGAAGCUGAUGAGCUGGAUUACCACGCUCCAGUCCCUCAUCUGGAGAGGGGCUGCAUGGUGCUGGGUCCCCCGUGCCAGGGGAGAUGCAGGAUGCCUCUUUGGAGAGCUCGUGGUAACCGAUGGUUGGCAGAGGUGGUGGUCCCAGCCUGUCUGCAGCAUAACCCAUGUGCCCCUAUGGCAGGGUCAGCUUUCCAAGAAAAGUUCUGCUCCGGUGACUGGCGCAAAGGGCUUAAGUGACUUUAGUGCUGGUGAAGCGGACUGGAUUUGACUGACCUGAAGACUAAAGCUGGUGUCUGCAGAGGGUUCCCAUUCAGAUGCUGGCUCAGUCUGUGCUGAUAACCAGACAGAGCUGCCACCUUCUAUGGAGCGCACAGGAGGAAUUGGAGACUCCAGGCCUCCCUCUUUCCACCCUAACACUGGGGGGAGUCGAGAAAAUUUGGACAAUGAGACAGAGACGGACUCAGUGGUGUCAUCCCAAAGGGAACGACCCCGUCGGACAGAUGGGCCUGAGCACGCACCCAGGGUAAAUGGGACUGUAAAGGGAGAGCGGCGCCGAGACCUGGGCGGGUACGAGAGCUCCUCCACGCUCAUGAGCAGUGAGCUGGAGACCACCAGCUUCUUCGAUUCAGAUGAAGAUGACUCCACCAGCAGGUUUAGCAGUUCGACAGAGCAAAGCAGUGCUUCUCGUCUAAUGAGGAGACACAAGCGACGCCGGCGGAAACAGAAGGCUCCACGCAUUGAGCGGUCAUCGUCCUUCAGCAGCAUCACAGACUCCACCAUGUCCCUGAACAUCAUCACAGUCACACUGAACAUGGAGAAAUACAACUUCCUGGGCAUUUCUAUUGUGGGACAGAGCAAUGUGCAUGGAGAUGGAGGCAUUUAUAUUGGCUCUAUCAUGAAGGGCGGUGCUGUGGCAGCUGAUGGCAGGAUUGAGCCAGGAGACAUGCUCUUGCAGGUAAAUGACAUCAACUUUGAGAACAUGAGCAACGAUGAUGCUGUGCGGGUGCUGAGGGAGAUUGUGCACAAGCCAGGGCCCAUCACCUUGACGGUGGCCAAGUGCUGGGACCCCAGCCCCCGUGGCUGCUUCUCAUUACCCAGGAUUGCUCCCCAGCGGAUCUGGGCUGGGCCAGACUCUCCAUGCUCCGAUCCGGGUGAGCCCAUUCGGCCCAUUGACCCGGCAGCCUGGGUGUCUCACACAGCAGCGAUGACCGGCACCUACCCAGCGUACGGUAUGAGUCCAUCCAUGAGCACAAUCACUUCCACCAGCUCCUCCAUCACCAGCUCCAUACCAGAGACUGAACGCCUCGAUGACUUUCACCUGUCCAUCCACAGUGACAUGGCCACCAUUGUCAAAGCCAUGGCCUCACCAGAGUCAGGCCUGGAGGUGCGUGACCGCAUGUGGCUGAAGAUCACCAUCCCCAAUGCCUUCAUUGGUUCGGAUGUGGUGGAUUGGCUCUAUCACCAUGUGGAGGGCUUUACAGACCGUCGUGAAUCCCGCAAAUAUGCCAGCUAUCUGCUGAAGGCUGGCUAUAUCCGACAUACCGUCAACAAGAUCACCUUCUCAGAGCAAUGCUAUUACAUCUUCGGGGACCUCUGUGGAAAUAUGGCUAAUCUGUCUCUUCACAAUCAUGAUGGUUCCAGCGGUGCCUCUGAUCAGGACACUUUGGCUCCACUCCCCCACCCAGGAGCUGCACCCUGGCCUAUGGCUUUCCCAUAUCAGUAUCCACCUCCUCAUCCAUACAACCCCCACCCUGGCUUCCCUGAUCCAGGAUACAGCUACGGAGGGGGCAGCGCAGGCAGCCAGCACAGUGAAGGGAGCCGGAGCAGCGGUUCCAAUCGCAGUGGCAGUGAGAGAAGGAAGGAGAGAGAGAAGACUGGGGAAUCCAAGUCAGGCGGCAGCGGGAGUGAGUCAGACCACACCACAAGGAGCAGCAUGCGGCGUGAGCGCGCGGCGAGCGAGCGCUCGGUGCCAGCCAGCCAGCACAGCCAGCGCAGCCAGCACUCGCUGGCGCACAGCAUCCGCAGCCACCACAGCCAGCAGUCGUAUGGGCCGCCCGGCCUCCCCCCUCUCUUCAGCCCCCCCAUGUUGCUGAUGCCUCCACCACCUUCAGCCAUGGGGCCCCCUGGGGCACCGCCAGGCCGUGACCUGGCCUCUGUGCCCCCUGAACUGACAGCCAGUAGACAGUCCUUCCGAAUGGCUAUGGGCAACCCCACAAAGAAUUACGGGGUGUUUGACUUUCUCUGAGCCUGCCGCCCGUGGGGGGGAGAGCUGGAGCGUGGCGUGGCCCGACAGGAGGACACAGAGCUCCAGGGGCGCUGGGCACGCGUGGCGCUGAAGAUGGCUUCUUUCCUCCCCCUUGCGAAGACACCCUGCCCUUCCUGCAGCCCUGUGAGGGGAGCAGGGACCAGCUUUCCAUAUGCGUGUCAGAUCCCCUUGUAGUUGCCUUUCGGCUAAUGCAUGAAUGUUGCAGGGCUUCAGUGCCUCCGGGCAGUGGAGAGAUGCUGCCGCUUCCCUCUUGCCUUCUUUCUCUUGCCCGCACAUUGAGGCAGGUCCAAGCCUGGCCCAGCCUCAUCGCAGGACCCUCUUUCACCUUGCCCCUGUCUUGAGGCUGUAGCUCUGCAUUCAUCCUGGCGCUGUGGUUGGUGCCUGUGCACAGUCCUGCACAGCUCGGGGCCCUACACUUGCCCUUGGCUACUUUAAGUGGUUCGGGGCAGAGUUCUGCUCCCUCCAGCCGCUCUUUGCCCUCCUGACUGUGACAUGUUGCUGCCUGUCCCAUUUGUAGGGGCUGUCCAAUGCCUGGGGCUGGCAGUUACAGCUAUGGCCUUCUCCUUCCUGCUGUUGAGCAGUGUGACAUCUUUAGGGGCCAGCAUGGAUGUAGAAGAUGAGAGGGGCACAGCUGUUUUGCUGUCAUGCUUUGGGGAAAAGUGGAUGUUUCCUGUAUGUACCCUAUGAAGUAUAUGAGUCUGCCUCCCCUGUUUCUCCAUACCACGUGUGCUGUUGGCCUGGCUGUCGGGAGGGACAAGGCUCUGGGACUGAGCUGGGAUGGCCCAGGUCGUUCCAGAGUGCGAAUUGUUCCUGGUGGCAGUACGAGCUCUCCAGGGAGGGAGGCAGCAGCUUGGGCUGUACCUCUGACCUCAGGCCCUUCAGAUAUGCUGGGACACUUGAACCAAUUUGCUCCAGUACUCCCUACCCUUUUCUUCCUCUUCUGGGUACUCAAGAGAUAUGCCCUGGGUUGGGGGUAGCCCCCUUCCCAUGUCCAGGGCCAAGCACGGUACAGUACAGACACACUCCACCCUGCUGGUGCUGGUGCCCAUCACCCUCUCCUGCUGCCGCGCCGUGGCUUUCUCUGCAGGUGUUGCCUCCGUUUGUCCUUCCUGUGUUUGCAGUUUUUAGAUGCUGGAGAUUAAAUGUAUUUUACUCCUC